UUUCGAAAUUGGGACGAGCCUUCGCCCACCCUCUUUAAUCGCAGUCUGGAGUGUGUGGGAAAUAGGAAGAAGAAGCGGAAAGGAGUUCGCUUUAUGUUUUCUGAGAUAGGGUCUGCUUGGAGUUGUAUGUAGUGUAUCUGUACAUGCCUUCGUCUCCCAUGGUUGCAGAGCGCCCCUGUCCCAGGCAUUUCUUUAAGGUUAUGAUCAAUGAUUUCCGUACUCAACUGUCAAUACCACCAGGGUUUUCUAGGAAGUUAAAUGGCGAGAAAAUGGAGAAAGCGGUGCUUACAAGUAACAAGGGGUCAUGGGUUGUCGAAGUUGGUAAAUGUGGCCAACUUUUUCAUUUCAAAGAGGGAUGGGAAGAGUUUGUGCGGAACCAUGACCUCGAUGUUGGAGAUUUUGUUGUGUUUGAACACAAGGGAAGUAUGAGGUUUGAUGUGUUGGUGUUUGAUUCAAGUGCUUGUGAGAAAAGACUUUCUAACAGGUCGGGCAAUAAGAGGGGGAGAACAGCCAAGCAAGCAGACAGCUGCGAUCAUCAUGUGGAGCUCGUCAAACUAGAAUCUGAUUCAAGGGUUUGCGAGAGGGAACUUUCUCCACCCAUGGCGCAGGGAAACAACAACUCCCAUGACCAUGUCAAGCAGCUCAAAGCAGCAACUGCUUCCUCUGCCCUCGGGAGACCCUCUUUUACAGCAACAAUCACACCAGCCAACUGCGGUCGUGGUUACCCUUAUCUGAAUAUCCCCAGAGGAUUUUGGAGAUCAAAUGAUAUCAUAACUAAGGAAGGUAGCAUAGCACUCAGGGAUCCACUGAAUAGGUUGUGGCCAGUGAAACUUAGAUUACAAGUCGGGGGCAGUCGGUUAAGCUUGGGAAUCGGUUGGCAUGAGUUUAUUGAAUCCAAUAAGCUCAAGGCAGGAGACGUCUGCGUCUUUGAGCUCAAUCCCACCUCACCGGAAACUCCAAAUCCUGUUCUGGAUGUUCGGACCCUUCCCCCACAGAAGUAGAUACUACUUAUAUCUUGGAUGGUUUAUUCUCCCUGAAUUUUUGUUUUGGGUUUUUUUUUUUUUGGGUUUUUGGUUAUGAAUGUUCUUGAAUUUGGAAAAAACAUGUGGUGUUUGCUCGAGCAGAUUCUCUGAUCUGCCUUAUUAAUCAUUUCCCAGAUGAAAUUUGGUUGCUUUGUCUACC